AUGAUGACAUCUGAGCACCAGGUCCAAGAAAGGACAGAACCUCUGAAACUUAAAACAAAAAUGGCUGAUAAAGAAAAUAUCAGAAGACAUACAGAAAACAUUAAUACAACAAUGGAAAAGAAUUAUAUUCCCUUAAAAGCUUCUAAUGAAUUAACCAAUUCUCCAGCAAUUGAAACACAUAAUCUUGAGGCUGAUGAUCAAACUUUACAGUUGUUACCAGUUAACAAUGAUUCUCAAAAUCAAACUAUGACACUAAGCCAGGCAUUUCAUCUUAAAAAAAAUCAUAAAAAAAAGCAAAUGAUUGCAGAAAAACCAAAGCAAAAUGCUAGCGUGUUCAAGAAACCUGUGCUAGGAUAUUAUCAUGGCCAAAUCAUUUAGUCUAAGGUUAAUUCAUUCACAAAACCUCUACAAGUCAAAGACGAGAGUUCUGCAACAACAAAGAAACUUUGUGCUUCUGUUUCUAAAGGCACAAAGCCUAACUCUGUAAAGACAAGCAAUGCAACAAAAAGUUAUAAAGCCUCAAAUAUGACUGCCGCCACCACACUUGAGAACCUUACAUCUCAGAACACACAGCUUGUACGGCCUCCCAAUAGAAAUCACCACAGUAACACCCAGCACAAGCCCAAACAAGACAUUAGCAGAACCUCUGCCAAUGUUACAGUCCCAAAGAAUCCCACUGAAAAAGAACAAUUACAAUCAGAAACAGUUCUAGGUAGUGUCAAAUCCAGUUCUUCUCAGGGCACAAAAAAUAAGGCCUUACAAUCUGAAAAUAUAGCCAGGCCUAUUUCAUUUACUAAUAUCAAACUGACAGAAAAGUCAAAAACUGUUGACCACCGAAGACAUACGUUAGCAAAAGCCACUGUGGAUGGAUCAGCUCAGCUCAAAGAAACUGCAGAAGAAAGAAAAGCUCAUCUGAAUGAGUGCAGAGCUGGCAAAGGAAGAGUGCUGAAGAGGCCUCCGAACCCAGUCUCUGCCCAGCCCGAGCCUGAGGGACAAAAUGCAAACCCCGCUGGAUCAUUCUGGACUACUAUGGCAGAAGAGGAUGAGCAAAGAUUAUUUACUGACAAAGUGAACAAGAUAUUUUCUGAAUGCCUGAACCUCAUUCAUGAGGGAUACCCCAAAGAAGAAAUAAUGACCACACUGAAUGACGUGAUUAAAAAUAUUCCAGAUGCUAAAAAACUUGUUAAAUAUUGGAUAUGUCUUAUACGUAUUGAAUCAAUCACAAGUCCUGUUGAAAACAUUAUCUCAAUCUAUGAGAAGGCCGUUCUUGCAGGAGCUCAGCCAAUUGAAGAGAUGCGACAGACAAUUGUGGAUAUUAUAACAAUGAAGAACCAAGAAAAAAGUAACUGUGAAAAAAAUAUUGAAGAUGCUUGUAAAACCAAGGAACAAAUCCAGGAAGUCAACACUGAGGAUACAGGUGUUAAUCUAGAGCCAGGAAAACAAGAAAUGGAGAAUAAACAUAGUAGAAAUGUGGUGUUUGAAGGUUGUGAACAACAGCAAGAUGACAAAAAUCCAAGUGACAAUUUUAAAACCCCUGAUGCAGAAAAUAGAUCAGGUUGCUUAAUUAAAUAUAACACAUCUACUACACCAUACUUGCAGAGCAUAAAAAAGAAGAUGCAAUUUGAUGAAACAAAUCCUGCACUUAAAGAGCUAAAGUUUCUAACACCAGUGAGACGUUCUCGACGCCUUCAAGAGAAGACUUCUAAAUUGCCAGACAUGUUAAAAGACCAUUACCCUUGUGUGUCUUCACUGGAACAGUUGUCAGAGUUAGGAGGUGGAACUGAUGCUUUUGUAUGUCGCCCAAACGUAGCUCUGUGCCCUAUGUACUCUGAGACUGAUACUUCAGAGGAGAAAUGAAGUUCCAGAGACAGGAAGGUUCUUACUAUUCCUGGGGUGUUUGUGAGGUUCACAGUUCACUUGAACUUAGGUAAAACUUAUAUUACAUGGACAUGUUUCAAAAAAUUUUGGUAUACUUCCCUGCUUUUAAACAGAAUUCCAACAAUUCCUUUUUUGCCUUGAUUAAUGUGAAAGUCAAAAUAGAGGACUGAGAGCUAGGCAUGAUGGAGCAUGCCUGUAAUCCUAACACUCAUACAGGUGAGGCAGGAAGAUCAAGAGUUCAAGGCUAACCAAAACUACUUAGUGAGACCCUGUAUCAAAAACAGAACAAAACAAAACAAAAAAACUAGAACUUGGGACAGGGAAUAAAGCUCAAAAAGAGUGCAUGCUUAGUAUACCUGAAAUCCUGCAUUCAAUGCCUA